GGGCGGUACUUCCGGCGGCGGGGACGAGAGUGUCGGUCAGUGAAGGCGGAGCCAUGGCGGGACGCAGGGCUGCCCUUAAGGCUGUGGACUGGGCGGCCUUCGCCGAGCGAGUGCCGCCGAGCCAGCGAGCCAUGUUCAACGCGCUGAAGACCCGCAACGAUGCGCUGACGGCCCGGUUGGCUGCGCUACCAGAGAAGCCCCCGGCCAUCGACUGGGCUUUCUACAAAGCUAAUGUUGCCAAGGCUGGAAUGGUGGAUGAGUUCCAGAAGAAGUUCAAUGCACUAAAGGUUCCAGAGCCAGUGGAUACACAAACUGCCAAGAUUGAUGCCCAGGAGAAGGAAGCUGCCAAGAGCACUGCUGAGUACAUCGAGGCUUCCAAAGCCCGCAUCGCCCAGUAUGAGCAGGAGCUCCAGAAGCUCAAGAACAUGAUUCCCUUUGAACAGAUGACGUUUGAAGACUUGAGUGAAGCCUUCCCUGAAACCAAACUGAACAAGCAGAAAUAUCCAUACUGGCCCCACAAGCCAAUUGCUGAUCUGUAAACUGGGAGCAGUUCAGGGAGCAGUUUAAUGACUCUCAGACUCCAUGAUCUUAUAAAUAAAGAGCUUUCUCUGUCUAUAGCUUAGAUCUUAGACAUGAGUUCUGAGUAAUGUGGAGCAAUACAGUAACUUGCAAACAU